AUGUGGGAUACCCCGCAACAUGCACAGCAACAAGCCAAGGAUACAUGGUAUGUGGCAGAGCAAGCACGAGCCGAAGCCAAGCACGCCAAGGAAGACGCAGAGCAAGCACGAGCAGUAGCCAAGCACGCCAAUGAAGACGCAGAGCAAGCACGAGCUGAAGCCAAGCACGAUGCAGAGCAAGCACGAGCCGAAGCCAAACACGCCAAGGACGACGCAGAGCAAGCACGAGCCGAAGCCUUGGACACCAAAGACGACGUAGAGCAAGCACGACCGAAGCCAAGCACGCCAAGGAAGACACAGAGCAAGCGCGAGCCGAAGCCAAGCACGCCAAGGACGCCGCCGAGCAAGUACGAGCCGAAGCCAAACACGCCAAGGACGCCGCCGAGCAAACACACAACCUUGUUGUAG